CCACUAACAAAUAAAUAAUCGAAAUGAAUUGAAGCUCUGUCAGGGUAGAAAGGCAUUAGAGACAUCAAAAGUUGCUGAAUAUUUCUGUUAUUUUGACAAUUAUCUGCAAUAGAAUCAUGGCAAGGAAGAUGUUAAAUGAUGACGAGAUGAAUAAACCAAGUGAGGAAGAGGCGCACUAUGAUUUUGAUUUGUUUGUGAUUGGGGCAGGGAGUGGUGGUGUUCGUGCUUCUCGAUUUUCAGCUCAAUAUGGAGCUAAGGUUGGAAUCUGUGAGCUUCCGUUUCAUCCUAUCAGCUCUGAAGUUAGUGGAGGAGUUGGUGGAACGUGCGUGAUUCGAGGUUGUGUUCCUAAAAAGAUUUUGGUGUAUGGAGCUAACUUUGGUCCUGAACUUGAGGAUGCGAGGAAUUAUGGAUGGGAUGUGAAUGAGAGGCCUAACUUCAAUUGGAAGACACUUUUGCAUAAGAAGACUGAGGAAAUUGUUCGAUUAAAUGGAAUCUACAAGCGUCUUCUUGCCAAUGUUAAACUCUUUGAAGGAGAGGGAAGGGUAAUUGGUCCAAAUGAAGUUGAGGUAAUCCAACUGGAUGGGACCAAGAUAAGCUAUUCUGCUAAAAACAUUCUAAUUGCAACAGGCAGUAGGGCUCAGCGUAUUGCGAUCCCAGGGCAGGAGCUGGCCAUUACCUCAGAUGAGGCAUUGAGCUUGGAAGAUCUACCAAGACGAGUUGUGAUACUUGGUGGAGGGUAUAUUGCUGUUGAGUUUGCUUCAAUAUGGCGUGGUAUGGGUGCAAAAGUAGAUCUAUGCUUCCGCAAGGAACUUCCACUGAGAGGUUUUGAUGAUGAAAUGCGAGCUGUAGUUGCAAGGAACCUAGAAGGCAGGGGAAUCAAUAUGCAUCCUUGCACAACAUUGACUGAGCUGGCUAAAACAGAAGACGGCAUCAGAGCACGGACUGACCAUGGUGAAGACUUGCUGGCAGAUGUUGUGCUGUUUGCCACUGGUCGCAUACCUAACUCAAAAAGGCUGAAUUUGGAAGCUGUUGGUGUUGAGCUUGACAAGACUGGAGCUGUGAAGGUGGAUGAGUUCUCCCGCACUAAUAUACCCAGCAUAUGGGCAAUUGGUGAUGUCACUAACCGGAUGAAUCUUACUCCUGUUGCUUUGAUGGAAGGAACCUUUUUUGCGAAAACUGUUUUUGCUGGUGAACCCACAAAGCCUGACUAUACAAAUAUCCCUUGUGCUGUAUUCUGCAUACCACCACUUUCUGUAGUGGGGCUUAGUGAGGAGGAGGCUAUUGAGAAAGCCAAUGGGGAUAUUGCAGUGUACACUUCUUCAUUCAAUCCGAUGAAGAACACCAUUUCUGGGCGGCAAGAGAAGUCAGUUAUGAAGCUUAUUGUUGACAAGGAGACAGAUAAAGUUAUUGGAGUAUCAAUGUGUGGUCCUGAUGCACCUGAAAUUAUGCAGGGCAUUGCUGUUGCACUAAAAUGUGGAGCAACGAAGGCACAAUUUGAUGCCACGGUGGGCAUACACCCUUCAGCUGCAGAAGAGUUUGUGACAAUGCGAUCUGUAACGAGGGUCGUUCCUGGUGCUCGCAAACCAAAGACAAACCUGUGAGGGUAAGGCAAAAACAACAUAGAAGACAAACACUUUAAGGAAAAAGGAAUUUUGCUACAGUAAAUUUGUUUCAUACUUGGAUAGCACUGCUUGUGGGAAGAUUAUGAUCCAAAAUAUGCCUACAGCAGCAUUUAGCUGUAUGAUGUAAGCUUUGGGUUGUCACAGGAAACUUGUUUUGCAAUGAUGUCAGUGUCCAGAAAUUGUUUCAUCAUUUUGUUGGCUUUAUAAUUGACAGAAUUUGAUUAUAGAUUCAUAAUAAUAUUGAAUAAGGUGGCUUAGUGCCUGGUUUGUCUUCUUCUA